AUGAAUCGUAAAGUACAUAUUCGCGUACGUCCAACAGAGGAAAUUGCUACAGAUUAUAUCAAAUUAGGUGAAGAUGGACAGUCAGUUACUGUUAAAUCCUUAAAAGUUCAUCCAAGAUCUUUUUUGAAGCAUCAAAUUUCUUCUUAUACGUUUCAUUUUCAAAGCAUUUUAUUAAAUACAGAUCAGCAAGCAAUGUUCAACCUUACAACUCGUCCAGCACUCGAUGCUGCUCUUAAUGGCACUCCAAGUUGCAUUAUCUGCUGUGGAGGCGUUAAAAGUGGCAAAACAUAUACGUUAGAUGGUCCAGAUAAUGACUAUGCUAACCGUGGCUUAGUUCCAAGAGCUAUUCAGUAUUUAUUCUCAAAACUCGCUGCAGCUCCAGAAUUAGAAGUCAAAGUUAGAUGUUCUUACAUUGAAUUUCUCAACGAACAAUUAUUCGAUAUCCUUAACGCAUUCAAUGGGCAGCCAGCUAAAGAAUUGAAGAUAACAGAAUUAAAUGAUGAAUCAAUUGCAGUUAAAAACCUCUUGACUCCUUUAAUCAAAGACGAACAAGGUGGUCUUGAGUGUCUUUUCAAAGGUAACGCAUACAGAAAUCUUAAUCCUGAGCACCUUAAAACUACAUCAGUUUUUACUCUUUGGUUAGACUCAGAUGUUCCACAACCAAACACAGAAAAGCCUCUACACUCUAAGAUUAGCUUUGUUGAUAUGGCAACAGCUCUAAAAAUUGGAGAUAUGAACCGCGAUUCUGAUGAGUUCCACCGCCAAGCAAAUAUCAACCGUACAAUGACAGUCCUCGAGCGUGUUCUCAUUGCUGAUGAUCAUAUUCCUUACAGAUCGUGUCCAUUGACACAUUUCCUCAAAGAUAGUUUACCAAACCGCUGUUUGAUUGCCUGCUGCAGCUUUGAUCGCGACAACCUCGCUCCAACACUUGCUACGCUGAAAUUCUCCUCCUGCGUUCAAGGAGAAACUUCAGAUGAUAUAUUAAAUCUCAAAGAGCACAAAGACAGCCAAAUCAACCGUUUACAGAAAGAAAUAGAUGAUAUGCGUGCCCAGCUGAGAGUUAAGAACCCUCAGAUGUCAUUCUGUGAGCCUGACAGACAAGAAAGACAAAUUAUUGCAGAAACCGUAAAUUCUUUCCUUUCCGAUGCCGUACAAUCAUUCCCCAUCAGAUCAUUAUACGAAAUCCGUGCUGCCCUCUCAAUUAUGAAAGACCAAUUCCGAUCACAAAAAGUGGCAGCUGAAGAACAAUUAAGAGAAAAGUACGUUUUUACAGUCAAGCCACCAGAGCCGACAAAAGUUGUUGAGCGACAAGUGGAAGAGAACCCAAUGGCACCAGAUGAAUACAUUUCCUUCUUCCCAUUGUUGCCAACUGAGAAAGAAUUGUGGCAAAUCUACCGUUCAACAGCUGGCGAAGCUGUUAAUAACGAGAUUAUGGAGCGCCAAGACAUGAUAGCCGAGAAUAAGAAGAAAGUUCGUGAUAUCGCGAUAAUUGUCAACCAACAUAAGGCACAAAUUGACGCUUUGAAGGCACAACUUGAAGAAAAACAGAAGAAUAGAUUACCACCAAUCGAUGGCGUAUUAGUUAUCGAUGAAGAAGAACUUAAAAUUAGAGAAGAAUUGACAACCGUCAAGAAGAACUACAAAGAAGCAUUUGCCAAAUACCAAGAGCUUAAGGAGAAGGAAAAGACAAUGACAGACGAGAUUACUGACAUGGAAUCGCAGAUGGAAAGCGGAUUCAAACAAUGGAUGGAAGAAAGAGAUGUCAAACAGACAGCAAAGAGCGAAGAAGAGGAAGAAAACGAAGAAUUACUUGAUAAGGAAGAAAGGAGAGAAAGAAGAGAAUAUCAGAAAAUUGUUGAAAAUGAACCUAAAGCUGCUCCUUAUUUCUUUGCUCAGAAGAAGAUCCAGAAGAUAUUAGAAAGAGAAUUCAGAAGAAAUGGAACAAGAAAACAACCAGUGGAAGAAGAACAAUAA